UGCUGCUCCUCAUUGUGGGGCGUCUCCCAGCCACUCCAUACCGUUGGUGUCCACAGCAGCUCUCCUGGCCCCCAACUGCCAUCGCUGGCUGCUGGGCCUCAGAUUCGAUGCAGGCCAUCAAGUGUGUGGUGGUGGGCGAUGGAGCUGUGGGCAAGACGUGCCUUCUCAUCAGCUACACCACCAAUGCCUUCCCUGGAGAAUACAUCCCUACCGUGUUUGACAACUAUUCAGCCAAUGUGAUGGUGGACAGUAAGCCUGUGAAUCUGGGACUGUGGGACACCGCAGGCCAGGAGGACUAUGAUCGCCUCCGGCCGCUCUCCUACCCUCAGACGGAUGUGUUCCUCAUCUGCUUCUCACUGGUCAGCCCGGCCUCCUAUGAGAAUGUCCGAGCCAAGUGGUUCCCUGAGGUACGGCACCACUGCCCCAGCACUCCCAUCAUCCUGGUGGGUACCAAGCUGGACCUGCGAGACGACAAGGACACCAUCGAGAAGCUGAAGGAGAAGAAGCUGGCUCCCAUCACUUACCCUCAGGGCCUGGCACUGGCCAAGGAUAUUGACUCAGUGAAGUACUUGGAAUGUUCUGCACUCACCCAGCGAGGCCUGAAGACAGUCUUCGAUGAAGCCAUCCGGGCGGUUCUGUGCCCACAGCCCACACGACAGCAGAAGCGUGCCUGCAGCCUGCUCUAGGGGCCUCAGCCCAGUCCUCUGAGCCCAAUGGUCUUGACCCUCUGGGGCCUCCAACCAAAGCCCAGCAAUCUGCAUGGUGGGGCUGCUGUCCCCUCCCUGCGGUGUUUCUUCCCAGACAGCUGCAGAAUUUGCCUAUCUCCUCAGUGGAGGUCCCUGGGGAUGGGAAGAUGCUUAAAGGCCACAUCCUACCAUGAAUGCUCCUGUGUUCCCAGGGACCAGAGGGGAGCCCCAAGACUCAGCCAGCCAUCCUCAUGUCAUACAGUGCCAUACACCCACCUGCUCCAGGCCUUCCUGACUCCCCUCUUGAAGCUUCUGGUCUCCAUGGCCUCCAGGUGUCUGCAGGGUCAGGCUCUCUUGCUCAAAUACCCCUGCUUCGCCUUGUUGGAAUCACCUCCUUUCCCUGAACCAAAGAGAGAGAUGUGGGAGUCUGCUCCUCUCUUCUUUCUCAGAAAAGUGCAGAACAAAUCCACUUCUGUAAAUCUCUUGUCUGUCCAGCGAAGUGACCAUCUCUCAAGACUUUCUACUGUACUCAAAGUGCCCUGAGCUGUAUUUUGAGACUGUCCAUCCCACUCUGCCAGUAAGGACAGGAACCACUGCAAAUGGAAAGCACCUAUCUCUUGCUUAUGUAGAAAAUAAAUGUAUUGAUUUGAGUAGAAACUA